AUGGCGAAUAUUGACAAAUUCCAAACUGUUUAUAAUAAUAAUAAUAAUGAGCAAAUGAAGAAAAAAAAUACAACAAAAGUUGUAAUAAUUACAUCAGUGAACGAUGAUGUUGAUGAAAAGAAUUUACUUUCAUGUUUAAAUUCUAUAAAUGGUAAAAAUAUUUUUGUUAAUUUAAAUAGUAAUAAUAAACGAUCAUCAUCAUCAUCUCAAUUGGAAAAUGGAAAUAUUAAACGACGUAAAGCAGAUUUAACAUGUGUUAUUUGUGAAGGUCAUGCUUAUAAUUAUAAUUUUGGCCAAAUUACAUGUGAAUCAUGCAAAGCGUUUUUUCGUCGAAAUGCUUUACAUUUAAUAGAAAAUACAAAAUGUCGUAAUUCAAAUAAUAUUCGAUGUAAUAUUCGUUAUGAUAUUAAACAAAAAUGUCAACGUUGUCGUUUACUUAAAUGUUUAGAAUCUGGUAUGCGUAAAGAUCUUAUACUGACACCAGAGAAAAAAUUAUCAAAAGAAAAAUGUCUUGAAGAAAAUCGUCGUAUUAAAUAUAUUCAAAUUAAUAAUAUGCAUGAAGAAAAUACUGAAGAAUCGUCUAAUAUAAAUAUUAAUGAUAAAUUAAUAGAUAAUAACAUUUCAUAUGAACUUAGUGAAAAUGAUUGGCUUUGUAUAUGUAAUAUUCAAGGUGCAUAUUCAUCUUCAUCAAGAUCCGUUCCAUCAGCUUCAUCAAUGCUUUCACUUGAAUUAACAUUUGAUAAAAUGUCAACAUAUAUGAAUACAUUAGAUAUAUACCAUUCCACUAUGAUUAAAAUAAUUAACUUUUUAAAACAAAUUCCAGAUUUUGAACAACUUAAUGAUAAUGAUCGAUUAAUACUUGUUAAAUAUAAUCUUUGUUCACUUAUUCUUGUACGUGAUUCAUUAACAUUUGAUACAACACGUGAACUAUGUUAUGAAGAUGAUGGUGAUGAUAGAUAUAAUUCUAUGUCAUCGAAUAAUAAAGCAUUUGCUGAACGAUGUAAAAGUUUAUUUAUGCUUUGUUAUAGUUAUGAACUAAAUCAAUUAUUUUUCAAUAUUCUUCAUACACUUCACAGUUUAAUUGAUAAUGAUCCAGUUAUUGUUCAAUUAUUAAUGCUUAGUAUGAUAUUUUUAAAAGGUUCAUCAUGUCUUGAACGUCAGGAACCAAUAUUAGAUGAUAGUAAACAUGUGUUUUAUUUGCAUUCGAAAUAUACUGAUUUACUUUUUCGUUAUUUAAUUAAACAAUCAUCAUUCAAUACUGCUGCUAUGAAAAUGAUGCAUUUUGUUGAAGUAUUUAUGAAAUAUCAACGAUUAUCUAAAGAUUUUCAUCAAGAAAUAAAAAGCAAAGUUGAUGUUGAGAAUAUCAAUCCCUUUAUGAAAUCAUUUCUUCAUUUUGCAUAA